GUGGAAAUGUCGAGGAAAAAAACGGAUCAAUGUGCGAGAAAAAAUCGCUCCGCCGGUAAUGAGCCGACCUUCCUUUUCAAUGCAUUGGAAGUCCAGAAAUUAAAACAUAAAGGAAAAAAUAUGAAGACCAGAGAUGGAAAUAGAGAAGAUGAAGGAAACAUGUCGAAGUUGGAUUAUGAAUUAAGUUCUUAUAGCAAUUUGUUGGUCAAGGCUAUGAAACCGAUUCGUGGCCAGAAACAGCUUUUGAAACGUCUUUGUUUGGAUGUAGAUGAAGUGUUGGAGAAGUGUACAGUUAACGAACUGAGGCGUGCCGUUUACGAACCCUACUUCAUUACUUCACUGGAAGGCAAGAAACUGGCAGCUCAUUUCAUUUCAAAAAUUGGUGUCGACAAAUUCUGGAUGUUAGUCAAGAAAGUGGUCACGUCCGAAAAGACAAGCAAGACACAAUGUGCCAAUUACGGUGAAGUUUUAUUAUUGGCCUGGAAGAAUGCUAUGAAAGAUGGUGCUCAUAGAUUACAGCAUCGAUUGGAAAGAAUUUUUAUGGACGUCGUCUAUUAUGCCUUACAGCAUCUUCGUUGUAAUAAAAAAUUUAUGGCGAUGCUCGAGUCUUUCGGGAAAGCUAGGAACAAACAGGUUGAUGCAAUGAUAUAUCGUACAUUCGAACCGAAUCUAUGGCGUUGUUUGAAGGCGGCUAAUGAAACGGUACGAUGCAAUGCUUGCUGCCUUUUUUUGCCGUUCUAUCCAUUUGUUUCGGAUGAUGAUAUCGAAAAUGCGGAAAAUGUUAGUCUACAGCAAGGAAUAAUUAUCGAUCUUCUGAAAGAUGAUAGUUAUGUAAUUCGAUCUGAGGCAUGCAGACGAACAUUAUUCAUACUGAGCGCUUAUUUCGAUAUAUUUCCUCUAGAUUUUAUCAAGCAGUGUUUGACGCAGAUUAUCGAUAUUUUAUCAGUGGAUAGCAUUGUUAGCGUGAGAAUAGCAGUUUACGAAGGAAUGCGCGAUCUUUUACGCUGCGGCAGUGCUCUGAAUGCUUGUGAGAGGGCUCUAAAAUGUCUGUUUGAUAACAGGGGGAUCAAUGAUCGUUGUGAUCAUGUUCGAUUAGCUGCAUUUAAGUUACUAAAUGCGCUAGUAGGCCAUCGUUUUAUCAAGGCUUGUUAA